ACUAGCCUCGAAGUAGGGUGGGAGACACUCAAAAGCAUUUCAUUGCCAUGAGCAGGGUUGAAACCCCAGACCUGUGGAUUGACUGUCAAGGAUGUUAAUUAGCAUUUGACCAGCCGUCUAGGCUACUGGAGUCGCAUUUUAAUUUUAGUAGUUGUCAUCUAUUGACUGGUUCCAUUUUUUGCUCAUUUUAUUCUUAAAUGAUCAGGGUUCUAGCCAGGCUAUUAUCGCCUGUCGCGUGCGACAUGCCUUCAGGCUUUGAGUUGUAUAUUCGACAUCCCUUAUUUCCCCCGUCAUCCCUUCAUUGCCAAAGCGACAUGUCUUAAACGCAUUCCAAUAAACACCGCGAUUAAUCCGAUAGUGUAUUCGAAAGUUGACCACGUGCUCACCCGAUAGUUCAAGUAAAGCAAUGUCAGUUAAGAUAUACGAUAAACCAAUGACAGCUUCCUAUGUAGAAACGUGUGACGUAAAUUUCAUCGUAGCUCCGCCUUUAAAUCCUUUGUGAUGUUUACAUGAAAGUGUUUUAAGAUUGUUUUAUGUAAUCAGAAAUAAUGACCAAUGACUUUCAACAAUUAUUGUCCGAACAUUUUUCGCAAUCAACGAAAGACAAUGGAAGGUACUAAGUCAAAAAUUGUGCAACACGUUAAAAUGAUUUUGAACAAUUCUCGGUGUAAUAUUAAUGUUUUUUGACAUGUAUGAAAAGUGUUUUCUCGGGUGGAAUAUCGAAAAGACAAUGCCAGAAUUAAUGUUUCUGUUGUCACUUUCAAAAUAGAACUUGUAGAGAAAAGUUUGAAAUAUUGUUGAUCUAUUACUUAAUUAUUGAUGAUGCCUGGAAUAAACGUAAAUCAGAGAGUGGGACAUUGUUAAAUAUGAACUAUUUCAAGAAGCUCUGGAAGGAGAACAAUGUUAGUGACUCAGUAAUAGAGGAGACAGUGCGAUGUGAAAAGCGAGACGAAUCUGUGAAUGACAUUCUUCCUGGACCAGGUACACCUGGGAAAACGGUCACAAAUUCAGAAUCCCAGCCACGCCGGAUGGCCAAAGGAAAUCAGGCAUUGAUCCAAAAUGGAAACAAGCGUUUCCCUGGAUGACAGUCUCAGAGAAUGGCCAAGGUAUGUUGUGUUCAGUAUGUGUAAAGCACCAGAGAAGGCCAAAGAAGUGUGUUCCUGGUAAAGCUGUGUGGGUUGAUAUUCCAUGUACCUCAAUAAGGCAAUCAUCUUUAGUAUUUCAUAAGGACUCAGACUCUCACAAGAAAGCAUUGGUAUUUGACGUUGCGGAAGCAAAAACAGGUGGUGGGAUUGAGGCAUGUUUUAUGAGGGAAGAACAUGUGAACCGUGAGGCAAUGACAGCAUCUAUGACACUGCUUUACUUUCCGUGUAAGGAGGAAAUUCCCCACACCACCAAACACAAACCUUUAGUUGAUGUAGCUAAGACAUUAGGAGUGGAUGUUCUAAAUAGUUUGGAGAAGGGGGAUAACGCCAAGUACACAAAAUUGAUAAGUUUACGUUGUCAUUCAGCAAAUAAAUUCCACAUGUGCAGUGCUAAAAUUGUGUUGUUUUAUGUAAAAUAAAUAGUGAACAUUUUCAGAAACUUAUAUAACUGGAUAAAUUUACAUUGUCAUUCAGCAAAUAAACUCUAGAGGAAUUUUUUAUGACACAUCACAUUAUCUCUAUUUGUUCUUGUUGAGCAUGUAAAUGAUGCUUAUUAAACAUUGAAAAUAACACUGUGUUUUUCACUCUGAAAUGCACC